AUGGCAGAGGCAAGCGAUCAGAACGACAUGCCUCCCCAGACACAAAGCCGGAAUAGCCCCUCAGAGGACAGCACCACUGACAUUGACAAGGAAACUCCUGCCAAAAAGCCAUCGCUGAUCAAGAGAAUGUGGGAUGGAUCUGGUCUCAAUCCGGGAAUGCUGAUGAUGAUGAUCAAAGGUGCCUUACCUCCAACAAUUUCACUCGCCGUCUAUCAGAGUACGGAUUUUGCCCAAGUCUACUCAACCCUUGGCUAUCUCGUGGCUAUCAUGUCUGUCCUCAGCUUCGCCAUUUUACCGAGAAGCAAGUACAUUCAGACAAUGCUGUUCAACAUCAUUGGUUUAUGUAUAGGCGCUGCGGUCGCGCUGCUUGAAAUUUACUGUAGCGUCCAAGCACGAGCUCACACAAGCCCAUCCGUCAAAGCGACUGGCAACGGUCCCAGCCCUGGAACCGCGGUGUCUAACUACAAUUCCUCGGCUUCCGCCGUGAGUGCGAUUUGGCUGUUCUUCAACAUUUACCUCGUCAAUACUCUGCGUGCGUCAAGGCCGCAGCUGCAAUUUCCUGUCAUUAUAUACUCGAUCUUUGCAAACGUAGCGUCCGUCUACGCGCCAACUUUUCCAACCAUGGUCGCUGGUAUCGCUUUUGCCAAGCGCCUGUUGGAAGCCUUCCUCACUGGGUUUGCUAUUGCUACAGGGGUGUCACUGUUUAUAUUCCCCGUAUCGGUACGGAUGACAUUCUUCAAACAAUCGGCUGGGUUCAUUGCAGCUGUUCAGGGCACACUGAAAGCUCAGAUGUCCUAUCUGCAGACCUUGGAGAAGAAGGAUAUGUUCCGUAUCCCUACGGAAUCCGACGAGGAUGAGAAGUAUAAGAAAUCGAAUAGCCACAAGAAGGGCGAUACGGCCAAGCCAAACGGAAGUGCAGAAGCUCAACGAUUGAAAGCAACGAACGAGGCUCUUGGGGAGCUCUACGGAAAGAUGCAUACCGAUGUUACUUUUGCAAAGCGAGAGAUGGCUUGGGGAAAACUCGAUGCUUCUGAUAUCGACGAGCUGCUAAAGCUCUUCCAAGGAAUCAUCCUUCCGAUGAUUGGUAUGAGUAGCGCUGCCGAUAUCUUCCAACGUAUUGCGGAAAAAAGUGGCUGGACACAACGAGAGACCGCUUCAUCCCCAGAAAAUGAAAAACGCAAAAACCAAUGGAACGAAAUCAUGCGGACGCUGCAUGAUCCAUUCCAAACAGUGACAGAGACCAUGCAUGAUGGCCUCCAGCACGCUCUCUAUACGCUGGAGCUGGCCAAGCCUCCAAAGAACAAGAAUCAGAAAGCCAGCAAGCGAAGCAGUGGUGAUGAUGCAGCAUCGAAGGAUGUAGAAGCCGACGCUGGUGUUAUGAAGCCUGGAGAUCCUGAGUAUGCCAUCUACCUAGCCAAAAAGAUCGAUGGGUUCUAUGAGCAACGAAAGACGGCGCUCGCAGUUUGGUGCCAGCAGAGAGGGAUCCGGAUGGAUGCCAAUCCCUUUGAGAAUCCCUCGCAGACGGCUUUAGAUAUCAGCACUGAGAUACCGAGCCGGACAGAUGAUCCAGGAGAGCAUGCGAAGAAUCAGCGGCAAUUAUAUCUUGUUUUAUAUAUGGAGUUUUUGCUUUGGUCGACUGGUCGAGCAGUUUUAGCGCUUGUUCAAUUCGCUGAUAAGAAAGUUGAGGAUGGGACCAUGAAAAAGAAACGGCUCAUCUCUCCAGGCCUGAAUCGACUUAAAAAGUGGGUGACAAGUUCGUUGAAAGUCGAGGAUGCCGGGAUGGAGCACACACCUGACUCUACCGAGGCUGGUGGUGGUAGCAUAUACACAGGAGACUCCUUCCGGGCUGCCAAAGAUCCUGAGCACCUUCCACCUUCGAAUGCUUGGCAACGGUCGACCAAUGUUUUGAGGCAAUUCUCUCGACUCUUGGGUAGUCCAGAGUCGGCUUUUGGAUUCCGAGUUGCGUGCGCGACAUUAAGUAUCGGAAUAGUUGCUUACCUUAAGGAAACACAAAUGUUCUUCAAUGAACAAAGACUUGUCUGGGCGAUGAUCAUGGUGGCAAUUGGAAUGACCACUACAGCAGGAUCCGGCGUCUUCGGUUUUUUCGGCCGCACUGUGGGAACAACAAUUGCUAUGUGUACCAGUCUUGUGAUCUGGUAUAUCGUGGAUGGUCAUCCUGCUGGAGUGAUUGUUUUUGUGUUUGUCUUCGUCUUCUUUGAGUUUUACUUCCUCAUGAAAUACCCCCGCUUUACGGUCGUGGCUAUUAUCUCUGUCGUCACGCAAGUCUUGAUCGUUGGAUACGAAUUGGAAGUGAAGAAGCUUGGUAGGAAAGCGGCCACAAGCAGUGGACAACCAUACUAUCCGAUCUACCUACUUGCGCCUUACAGACUAGCUUGCGUGGCUGGAGGUAUGCUUGUAGCCUUCAUUUGGACGUUUUUUCCGUAUCCACUCACAGCUCGAUCUCAAUUGCGGCAAGACCUUGGGGUGUCAUUGUAUUUGCUCGCGAACUUCUACUCAAUUGUGCACACGACUAUCGAUCUACGUGUCAAGGGAACUGAAGGCGACAUGGAGUCAAAAAUGAGCCCUGGCCGAAAGCUGCAGAAGGCUCGUGGCAAGGUGUAUGUCAAGGAGCUUGCAUUACUUGCUGGCCUGCGUCAACAUUCAGCGUUCACGGCUUGGGAGCCCACUUUUGGUGGGAAAUUUCCGAGACAGCAGUAUGAUACGAUCAUUCAAGAAGUGCACAACAUCCUCAACUACCUAGCACUCAUAUCUUACUCCUCCCACCACUUCUCUCAAGAUCCUGCAGCCUCACCAGACAAAGCAUCCUGGCUUCAGGACUUUACCCGUCUCGUUGGGACAUUGAAUGCUACAUCGCAAGACGUCACCUCCCUUCUCGCCCUUCUUUCCUCAUCUGUGACCAACGGCAAUCCACUUCCACCAUACCUCAAGGCUCCACCAACUUACAAGCUGAGUCAAAGACUCGAAGAGUUGGAUGCAGAUAUUCUGAGCAUCAGCCAUAUUGCUGAGCCAGGAUACAGUGCGUUUGCGGUGAUGCAGAUCGCGAGUAGUCUCGUCAGUGAUAAUUUGGGGAAGCUGAUUGACAAUGUCAAAGCCUUGGUUGGUGAAGUUGACUUUUCGUUCCAUGUCAUCUCUACAGCAGACCCUUCUGAGGAAACUCUUUCGGGUAAAGAGGGCGAGAAAGGCAAGAAGGACUGA